UCUCUCUUUCUUUCCAAUUAGAAAAGUGUUGAUUAGUGCCUGUCAUGUUGAAUGAUGACUACCCAGGAUUUUCACUUUUUAAGGCAAUCUCUCUCUCUCUCUCUCUCGCUCUCUAUCAGGUCUGAAACCACCACCACUUGCUAAUCUGGUUUACAGCUCUCUCCCUCUCUCUCUCGCUCUCUCUCUCUGGUCUGAAACCACCACCACUUGCUAAUCUGGUUUACAGCUCUCUCCCUCUCUCUCUCGCUCUCUCUCUCUGGUCUGAAACCACCACCACUUGCUAAUCUGGUUUACAGCUCUCUCCCUCUCUCUCUCGCUCUCUCUCAGGUCUGAAACCACCACCACUUGCUAAUCUGGUUUACAGCUCUCUCCCUCUCUCUCUCUCUCUCUGGUCUCAAACCGCCACCACUUGCGAAUCUGGUGUACAGCUCUCUGUCUCUCUAAUUGGUUAAAAAAAUCGAACUCAAUUCAAUUUUCUCUCUCUCUCUCUAAUUGGUUAAAAAGUAGCAAACCAAUUAAAUUUGCUCUCCCCCCCGCCCCCUCCCUCUUAAGGGUAUCAAUAAUUAGCCCAAAAGCAGCAACCCCAUUUCAAUUUGCUAUAUAUAUUGAAGCCGCAUCCCUCUUCUUUAUCCACAAACCUGACAUAGCCAUGGCAGAACACAAACUCAUUCUCCUCCUCUUCUUCAUCUUCAUUCUCUCUCCUCCAAACCAUUCCCUGCAACUCAUCGAACUCCAAGCUUUAAAAGCUCUCAAGAGCUCAAUCACAAGUGACCCAUCCAAUUUCCUAUCAAAUUGGACCCAAACCACCCAUCACUGUAACUGGUCAGGCAUAGUCUGCAACUCUGAUAACUCUGUUAUCAGCAUUACCCUGUCUCAGUUAAACCUCAAAGGCACAAUCUCCCCAUACUUAUCGAAUUUCUCUCUCCUCCAAACUUUAGACCUCUCCUCAAAUUUCUUCACAGGGCCCAUCCCACCACAACUCUCUCUCUCUUCCCAGCUCACCUUACUGAGCCUCUUCGACAAUUCUCUAUCUAGCUCGAUCCCACCAGACCUCAGAAACCUCGGAAACUUGCAACUUUUGGACCUGGGUCAGAAUUUUCUUGAAGGAAGCAUCCCUGAAACCAUUGGAAACUGUUCGAAUUUGAUGGGGUUGCGCUUCUCGUCUAACAAUCUCACAGGUCCGAUCCCUUCAACCCUCGGAAAUCUGGUAAAUCUUCAAAUUUUUAUGGCUUCUGAUAACCAAUUAUCUGGUUCCAUACCAAUCUCCAUUACCAAGUUACAAGCUCUUCAAACCCUAGAUCUGAGCAAUAACAAUCUCAUUGGUACCAUACCGGAUUCUAUAGGGGACCUCUUGAAUUUGCAGACGUUUCUAGCUUACACUAACCAACUAUCUGAGUCUAUACCAAUCUCCAUUACUAAAUUACGAGCACUCGAAGCCUUAAACUUGGGCAGUAACAAAAUCACUGGUUCUCUACCACUUGGAAUCAGAAACCUCUCGAAUUUACAAAUCCUUCAACUCCAUGAGAAUCAGAUAUCAGGCUCCAUCCCUUCUGAAUUGGUUUACUGUAAAAACCUUACUUCCUUGAGUAUUUACAGUAACAAUUUGGUUGGAAAAAUACCAAAACAAAUCGGGCAAUUGGCUCGAUUAGAAACCUUGCUUCUGUAUGAUAACAAGCUAUCAGGUCCUAUUCCAAUUGAAGUCUCUCUCUGCAAAUCCCUCACUCAUUUGGAGCUUUCUAGGAAUGAGCUUAGUGGCAGUAUACCUCCUCAACUUGGGGAGCUGAAAUUUUUGGAGCUCCUGAUAUUACACGAGAAUAACCUAACAGGGAGGAUACCUUUCUCUCUCUUCGAGCUCUCAAAUCUGAAAAACCUCUCUCUAAGCUUCAAUUAUCUGAGAGGCCCGAUUCCAUCGAACAUUGGGUCUUUGUAUAAUUUGAAGGGUCUGAUACUCUCAAAUAACCAGCUUGAAGGCACUAUACCUGUAAGCAUUUCGAACUGCACUUCCCUCACUGUACUUACUUUGACAAAUAAUAGAUUGACAGGCCCAAUACCCAAUGGAUUUGGAAAGUUACAGAACCUGAGCUUUUUCUCCCUAGGAGGUAAUCGCUUUUUUGGUGAAUUACCUGAAGACUUAUUCAAUUGUAGCAAGCUAUAUUCCUUGGAUUUAGCUAGGAACCGCUUUAGCGGGCGAUUAAGCUCAAAAAUUGGCAUUUUGAUUAAUCUAAGGACUUUGAGAGUUUAUGCUAAUGGAUUUACAGGAGAAUUACCAGCAGAGAUUGGAAAUAUGACCAAAUUGAUCUCUCUAGAGCUUGGUAGAAACAGAUUUGUGGGGCAUUUGCCUUCCGAGAUAGAGAGCCUGGCAGAGCUUCAGGGGCUAGAAUUAAUGGAGAACUCGUUUCGAGGGAUUAAUGGUGAUAUGUCAAAACUGAAGAAGCUCACUUUGCUGGACUUCAGCUUGAACAAACUCUCUGGUUCAAUUCCAGAAUCUCUUUUUGAGCUUCAAUGGCUGACAAGUCUCAAACUUCAUGGAAACGAUUUCUCAAACUCCAUACCUGGAAGCAUAUCAAAGCUCCGAAGGCUCAUAGAAUUGGAUCUCUCUCAUAAUAAUCUCUCAGGGUCUAUACCAUAUUCCAUAGCGAACUGUGUAGGUCUGGUGAAUCUGGAUUUAUCAGAAAACAAGCUUUCUGGUGCAAUACCUCAAGGAAUUUUCUCUCUCCAAAACUUGCAGGGAAGCUUAAACCUCUCUCAAAAUCAGUUAGAAGGAGAAUUAUCAGAAGAGAUUGGUAACCUGAAACUUCUCAGCUCCAUGGAUCUCUCUCAUAACAAGCUCACAGGCUUCAUUCCAAAAAGCCUUGGAGACCUCAAAAGCCUAAAGCUUCUUGAUCUCUCUUUCAAUUUAUUCAAUGGCUCUGUUCCUCAGGUUGGUAUUCUUAAAAGCUUGGGAUAUUCAAGCUUGCAAGGAAAUCCAGGCCUUUGUGGUGCAAGUUUUCUUAAAUCUUGCACUAAUACUACCCUCUUAGAAACCACCGACCAUGAAUCACAUAGAAUUUCAAAGAAAGUGAUCAUUGUGAUCCUCUCUCUCUCUUCUUUCUUUCUUCUCACAUUUCUAAGCCUUGUAAUUCUAAUAGUUCGCAGAAAACUCCAAAAGUUAGAGAGAGAAAAUACAGGAACAAAUGAUGCGAUAGCCCCACAGGACAUCAAAAGAUUCAGCAAAGAAGAAUUACAUGAAGCCACAAAUGGGUUUAGUUCUGAUAAUGUCAUUGGUGCAACUAGCAUGAGCACAGUAUACAAAGGAAGGCUUAGAGAUGGAACUGCAGUGGCCAUUAAGAAGCUGAAUUUGCAGUUCUCGAAAGAAGCUGAGAAGUGCUUUCUCACAGAGUUGAAGACUCUGAGCCAUUUAAGGCACAGGAAUUUGGUAAAGAUUCUGGGUUUUGGAUGGGAGAGUGGAAGGUUUAAGGCCCUGGUAUUGGAAUACAUGGAGAAUGGAAGCCUGGAAUAUAAGAUUCAUGGAAGUACAAGUAUGGAUGGUUUUAGAGAGAGAUUGGACGUUUCGAUAUCAGUGGCAAAUGGGUUGUGUUAUUUACACCAUGGCUAUGACUUUCCUAUUAUUCACUGUGAUUUGAAGCCUUCAAAUGUGUUGAUAGAUAAGGAUUUGGUGGCACAUGUGAGUGACUUUGGAACGGCAAGAAUGUUGGGGGUGCAUUUAGAAGCAGGAAGUAGCAGCAUCUCUUCUUCCUCUUGUUUCCAGGGUACCAUUGGGUAUAUGGCUCCAGAGUUUGCCUACAUGAGAAGGGCCACCACAAAGGUCGAUGUUUUCAGCUUUGGCAUACUAACUAUGGAAUUAUUAACUGCCAAAUCCCCAAUUGGGAUAACAAGCGAUGGCACACACAUUACACUCCAGCAAUGGGUGGCCAAUGCCAUGCUAAAUGGAACUGAGGGGAUCCUAAGUGCAUUGGAUCAACGGCUGCAAGCAAGCCAUGUAGCAGAAUCACAGGUUGCUAAGAUCAUGAGCGUCUUCGAGAUCGCUAUCGCAUGCACACAUGCAACUCCCGAAGAACGGCCAACGAUGAACGAGGUCCAUUCAGCCCUCAUGAAAAUAAGAGAUCACUAGUGACACUCAAUUUGGUUCCCAAAUAACAUUGGCGAAUGCAUUUAGAGAUCACUAGUGCUGUGGUGGUGUCAAUUGAGUCGGGUUGACCUGGACUACGUCGAGUAUGGGAAGUGGGUCAGAAAUGGGUUUGGGUCUACUCUCAUCUUAAUUCGCUCAAGGUCGACUACACUUGGACCCAACUCGAACAUACAUCCAACCUGGACCUGACACAACCUGGCAUGUCAGGAGAGAGAGAGAGAUGUAUUUAGAGACCAGAGAUCUCAUGUAACUGGAAGUGUGUGAACCAUCUGGAAACUAACAAGGGUUCUCCUAGAUGUCAAGAAAAA